AGGCAGCUGCCAGAUCUUCCCCGCUCGCUGGCGCCUCGCUCGCUCGCAGAAGCUCGGAUCCAGACGCACGCAAGGCGCUGUCCUUCAGCACCACGGCUCGAGCUGGGGCGGGAGGACUCCUGUUUGUCCUCCUCCUCAAAUUGGCUUGAAUCUGCUCUGACCCCAAGAGUGCAGCACAGUCUGGGAAGAAAGGCGUGAGGAUGGUGAAGCUGAACAGUAACCCUGGGGAGAAGGGCACCAAGCCACCUUCGGUGGAGGAUGGCUUCCAGACCGUCCCCCUCAUCACCCCCUUGGAGGUCAAUCACUUACAGCUGCCUGCGCCGGAGAAGGUGAUCGUGAAGACCAGGACGGAGUAUCAGCCGGAACAGAAGAACAAAGGGAAGUUCCGGGUGCCGAAGAUCGCCGAGUUCACGGUCACCAUCCUCGUCAGCCUGGCCCUAGCGUUCCUCGCCUGCAUCGUGUUCCUGGUGGUUUACAAAGCCUUCACCUACGACCACAGCUGUCCAGAGGGAUUUGUCUAUAAGCACAAGCGCUGCAUCCCGGCCUCCCUGGAUGCCUACUACUCGUCCCAGGACCCCAACUCCAGAAGCCGCUUCUACACAGUCAUCAGCCACUACAGCGUGGCCAAGCAGAGCACUGCCCGGGCCAUCGGGCCCUGGCUGUCGGCGGCCGCUGUCAUUCAUGAGCCCAAGCCGCCCAAGACCCAGGGCCAUUAGGGGCCUACCCGAGCCGGAGUGGGGGGGGGCGGUGGGCAGGGGACCCCCCCAGGCUCAGCCAAGCUCGAGUUACAAGACAACACUGUACUCCUGGGAUGUGGGGGUGGGGCGGGCGGGGGGCGGGGCGGCACUCUCCGGAAAAUAUCGUGCACUGGAGUUGUCUGAACCGAUGUUCCUUUUUGUCCCUUGGUAUUGUUGAUUCGUCCCCAAGUCAGGCUCAUGUACAAAGGCAUGUUUCGUGUUGAUUGUUCCCAUGUAAGAUAUUCUCAAAGCCACUGCUUAUUCUUUGUCAGGAAAAUUAAAAAAAAAAAAAAAAACAGAAAAGGAGAGAAACAAAGAAAAGGAACAGAAAGCGCGAGCAGGCUCCAUCUGGAGGGCGUGAGGAGCUGAGGCUGCAGGAGCCUCGGCGUGGGCCUGGUGCGAGUGGGUGGCAGACGGGGCUGCCUGGUUUGCCUCUGGUCUGGGGGACAGGAGCUCGGGGAGCUAGGAGGGGCCCGGCUGGGAGGAAGGAUUGGUUUUGGUAUUUUUAAGCCCAGGAUGCGCACAACCCAGAGCAGACUCGGCUGAGCUCGGGUGCCUUUUGCAAGAUGAGCACAAACCGGGGGUGGGUGUUGGUGCCAGGGCUGGGCACCCCACGCUGGGCUCUGAGGGCUCGCCCGGUGGCCUAGUGACUUGCAGAAGCAGACACUCAGACGUGGGCAGGUUUUUCUUUGCCUUUUUCAGGUUUCUCUAGCUCCACAGCUGGAUGCUGCCCACGCCUGUGACUGGCAGGGCAGAGAGGGAGAGAAGGAGGCGGCUCAGCAGGAAGGCCCAGCCAGGCGCUGGCCCUCGGCCACUAGAAGCACAGGCCCCAGGUGUUCGGCCAUUGUUGGUUCAGUGCUAACAGUGGCAGCACCCGGGUCCCAACCAGGAACCUCAGGUGGCAGCCAACCGAGUUCUAGAAGCUCCCGAGGAAGGGCCACAUCUGGCAUCACCCAGGCCUGCUCCGUGGAACCUCCUGGGCCCGCCCAGGCCCCUCACAAAGGCUCCGGGAGGCCCAUCCUAUGGCGCUGUAGCUCCGAGUCCAGCAGGCCCAGGGCUGGCUGGAGAGCUGGCUGUCUGAGAUGUGUCACUGUUUCCCCAUUAGUCUGUGACAGGCCAUUUAAAGGGUAUUUUUGUGGCUUGCUCUGUUGCUGAAAUCAUCGUACCCGACAGCUGGGUAAUAAGGCUACUAUCGCUCAAGCUCUCCUGCCAAAUGCUCUCAUCUGUUCUCCCUCCUUCCCCCACCCUCCCAUCACCUGAGUCACCUGUAAAUUCAUUUGUCAUCUGAAGCGGAAUAACAAAUCGUCCCUAGCAAAACCGCUGAGCGCUUUAUAAUUUUGUGGUGUAUUUUUGUCAGUAGGUAGCAGAGGCUGAAGUAUUUUUUGGUGUAAUUCUCAAAAUUUUCUGACAGGAAACAAAUAAAGAUAGAUGUGUCUGAGA